AUGGCGCUUAUUAAGAAGAGGAGGGCUAGAUCAUUGCAAUUAUACAUGAAGUUAAGAGGUGGAAGAUGGAAGAACUGUGUUACUUCUGAUGAGUCAUUGCUCUAUUUAGGUUGGUCGUACGGGCGACGCAAAGUUUGCUACAUGAGAAAAGGUGACACAAUUAGCGACAAACUUAAGUUCGUUAAGCGGGACUCUUUUGCCAAGGGUUUCAUGGCAUGGGCUGGUGUAUCUUAUAGAGGAAAUACCGAUAUUCGCUUUAUCAACAAAGGAACUAAAGUUAAUAGCAAUUUCUACAUCAAUAAGGUAUUGAACCCGCUUCUUCGAAAUGACGUUCCGAAACUGUUUCCAGAAGGUCGGAAGUCAAUGGUGUUCCAUCAGGACAGUGCCUCAAGUCACACAUCUAAACAGACACUCCAGUUUCUUAAGAAGGAAAACGUGAACUUUAUUGACCGUGACGAAUGGAUGCCGAAGUCUCCGGAUGCUUCUCAAACGGACUUUGGUAUAUGGGGAAUCUUUAAACGCCGUCUACAGAAGCGCAACGUUAACUAUGUUAUAGGUCUUAAAAAAGCUCUUAAGGACGAGUGGAGAAAACUGAACCAAACUAUUAUUAAUAAGACUCUUGAAUUGUGGCCAAAAAGGUAG